GUAGACUGUCGUCAGCCAUGCCAGACGGCGCAUCGCUCGCACGCUCUCUCUCCCAUUGCGCCCAUACUCGUCCACUGGCUCACCCACGGGGCUACCUCAUUCUCCGUCCUCUCCUCCUGCCCACUCGAUCCCUUCCCGUUCUCGCUCUCUCUCCCUCCCUCCCGUCCGACCGUCCCGUCCUCGCUCCUCUCCUAUCCUUUCCACGCUACUAUUCCGUACGCUCUGUCUCGCGACACGGCUGCGGAGCCAGCCAGUUACGCAACAAUAACAACGCCGUGAGGAGGUGUGUAGCGUUGCGCGGCGUGCGACACCGCAACACGACACCGUGGAUCGUGCGGUGCGCCGACCGUUCGCGUAUGUAGGGAAUCACUUGUUGACAACGACGCGGUUGAGCGUGGAGAGAUCCGCGCGUGCGGAUUCUCGCAUUAGGAAUACCAGUAAGGAAAGAGCGAGAGCGCGAACGACGAUCGUUGUCGCGUAAAGAUCGCGGGAUUCUGUAGCUGCGAGUGCUCCGGUAAAUGAGAAACACGAAAGGAACACGAAGAGUUUGCGAGUGAGGAUACGCUGUGUGAAGCGACCGAGGAAAUUGUUAAUGAGUGCAAAGUGUGGCGAGCGAGUUUCAAGCACGAUCGAGUGCGAAAAGCGUGCACGCGAGGUAACGGUUCGAUCCCUGGAAGACACGUGUGCUCGUAAAGGAGCGUAGUUUGCUUGAUCGAUCACGAUCGAUGAGAAACUCGUGGGGAUAAUGUCGGAAUCAACGCGCGGUGCGCGAUUAUUAUAUCGGCGGGCGAAAAUCCCGAAACAUCGUGGAAAUCGUAAAGCGUGUUCUCACGUUGGUUGAGUCACCGUAUUGUCAACGGGAAUACCGGAAGUGUUGAUCGGCGAGAGGAGCACGGCACCGUUCGCUUGAAACUGAUGAAUGGAGCAGUAGCGCGACGAAUCGCUACGCGCUGAAACACGGGCGAUCACGAGGUCGAAGAAGCGGAGAGGCAGAGAGGCGAGAGAGAGAGAUCGGGAGGGAGCGAUCGAUCGAUCGUGGAUCACCGUGAACUGGGACCGGAGCUCGAUCGAGAUCACGACCGGCGACGGCGUUCUCCGCGUCCGCGAUCCCGACCGCGAUCGAUCGAGGAAGGAAAGAAGGAGUCUACGAUCAUCGAGCGUGCUCGAAACGCGCGCUCGAUCCGCAACGAGGUCGCGCCGGGCGCGCUAGAUCGGCCGGAGAAAUAACCCGCUGCCGAUUGUCCCGCGGGGGAUCCGGGGCAGAGAGGGGAACGCCGCGCGGGCGUCCCCCGUCGACGAUCCUCGCGGCGCGCGACGACGCGGUUCAGGCGCCAAUGACGUCACCGGGCGAAUGAGAGAGAGGGAGAAAGAGAGAAAGAGAGAGGGACAGAACGAGAUUGGCUACCACCGGGGGAAUUCGCGGUCGGAGUUCCUCGCCGCGCGCGCGGUGCGUUUACGCGCCGAUACGACGCCACACCGCUCGGCGCGGCGGCGAUUAGGAGCGCGGCGACCGGACUCGCGCCGUGCGUCAGUAGUAGCGUCGCGGCGGUGCGCGGCUGUGUACGCCUCGUUCGUCGUUCUGUCUCGUGCGCUGAGGGGAGCCCCGGUGAGAUCUCGCGCGGUACCCUGAACAAUUGCGUUCUGCGGCGGCUGCUGCCGUUGCUGCUGCGUGCGUUGCCGGGCGAUGACUAAUCGAGGCACGCGGCCGAGUGCGUUAGCGCCGCAGGGGUACUGCCGCCGACGAAGCCGUUCUGGAAGUGCUGCCGCAGCCGUACUGCUCGUCGUCGACGUCAGCACCGGUCGGACGGGAUUCGCAUAGUCAAACAGAUCGACGCGAUUCGCGGUGAGUGGAUAACGAGGAGACGAGUUCUCCCGCGCGCGCGAUUCUCUUCGUACGUGCGCGUUUUACAGCGCGAGUGCGAGUGUAUGAAUUAUCUGCGUUCGUGCGUGCGUGCGUACGGUUGAUCCAAGAAGUCAGGGAAGUGAGAAAAAGAGAGAGAGAGAGAGAGAGAAAGGAAAGUAAGAGAGAAUACGACGGACGAGGCAAGUGCGGGGCUUAAAAUAGAAGAGCGACUUCGGCUUAAGUGCGCGGCGGGAGGACGAGCGAGUGAAGCGAAUUGGCGAAGAGAGGGUUGGUGGAGGUGCUGUAUUCACCUCGUUCCCUCGUCCGCAUCAUGUUUCUGUGAUACGUUCGAGUUGUACGCGGGUGAAGGAGGGAACAACCGACCGAAGGAGGGCCACCGAGAGGACGGCGAGGGUACGUGUGUACCGUAUAUACGUGCGCGUAGACGCGUGCACGCAUAUCUCGCGGUGGAGAGUGCGCGUUCUGUGAUAACCGUAUACAGUGCAUAUUGUGGACGCGGUGAGAAGAGAGAGAGAGAGAGAGAGGAAAGAAAAAUAAAGAGAGUGGGUGAUCGUGUCUCUCGCGCGCGCGAUUCUCCACGUUUUUUCGCCCGUAUCGCCGGGAAAGGAGAGGGAGGAGGGUUCGUCGAUCCUCGGAGCAGCGGAGAGAUCGAGGCAACCGAACGAGCGAGCGAGCGAAAAGACAAGUAAGCAAGUAAGCGAGCGAGCGGGGCGAGCACUCGCCCGUUCGUUCGGAGAGGAGGCGUCGUCGUCUCGCUCUCCGUCCCGCACGAUGGAUCGUGACUCGCGUUCGUAUUCCUGCGGAGGCUGCGAGAGGACCGCCGCCGAGGGCCGAGCUAUGCCGAUGGAGUAACAAGUGAGCGGCGAAGCGGCGUUGCCAUGACGACAGAGACUCAUACUGUGGCGAUGACAGAUCCACAGCUGACCAACAACAACAACAAUAACAACAACAACAACAAUGAUGGCGAACCAAAGUACCUACAUAAGAAGUUCAAGAAGAUGGCGACCACCGAGGUCGAGCCGAAAGUCGAAUCCAAGAAAGAGGCUACGGCGAAUAACGUCGUUCCGGAGACGCCGAAGUCGCGAAAGGAUGCCGACAAGGACGGCAAGGAAUCGUCGAAGGAGUCUGGUGAAAAACUCGAAGCUUCUCCGGAGCCUGAGAGUCCCGAGCCUAUCACCGAAUCCCGAAAGAGUGCCUACGUGUGCCCUUACUGCAAACUAUCGUGUGCCAAGCCAAGUGUACUUCAGAAGCACAUCAGGGCACACACGAAUGAACGGCCGUAUCCGUGCAAGCCGUGCGGAUUCGCGUUCAAAACCAAAUCAAACUUGUAUAAGCACUGCAGGUCGCGUACUCACGCACGCGUGUUGGGAGGUGACAAGGCGUCCGAGGAUUCCGACAUAAGCUUGUCGGAUAGCGCUAGUAACGGCACUGGUACGCCACCACCUCCUCCCGCCUCAACACCCACGAUGAUAACGACGGCGUCGAUGGCGGUGUCUUCCAUCACAGCGAAAACCGUGAAGACCGGCAAGAUUUACAAGCCAAAGUUUCAAGCUCGCACGGCGCUGCAGUGUCUGAACGACACUGAGACGUCUUCCUUAUCGCCUAGUUCUUCCAGUAGCUCUUCCUCAUCCUUCUCUUCCUCUUCCACUUCUUCCACGACUACCUCCGUGCCCAAUUCUGUGAAGCCGAAUGCGGAACAGCUGCAGGAACACAUCGACAAGAUCAUCACGGAUAAUCAAGCGAUCGUUGAUGCGGUGGAUCCACGUCUGCAUAAACUGAUACAGCGCCAGCAGAGUUUGGUGGAGACAAAGUUCGAGCAGCAGCCAUUGAACUUGUCUUCCGCGGAAGAGAUUCCUGCCAGCAGGAAACGGUGCUGCAGCGACAGCUGCGCCCAGGGAAACGCGCACAAUUCCGAAGGCUCGAUCAUCAAGGAUCUGCUCCUAAAGACUCGCGGAACCGCAAAUGGACCGGUACCGGAGACCACUGUCGAGAACUUUAUCUGUCCCACUUGCAACAUCCCUUAUACUAGUGUAGAUAAUCUGGAGGCCCAUCGAAGGUAUUAUUGUAAAGGCAUCAGCAGUCCGCGGACAAGCACCGAUUACCACACGGAAUUAGAGAAAUCCGAUUUCGAUACUAAGUCCAUUGAUUAUUACGGUAAUCUGCAGCCGUUACCUUCACCGGGUCCUUUGCUGGGUAAUACCAGAUUAGUGGAUGCAUAUGCGCCGCCCGCCAAGAAGCAGAAAACGGAGCAUGUACCGACAAGUCUGCGAUCAUUGGAGGAGCUCAGCAAGUAUCCGCGUCCGAAUUCGCUACAGAUGUUCGGUGGCGAAGUAAGGAUUCUUGAUAAUACAGGUGAGACGAAAACGAUGAGGAUCGAACCACGGCAGACAAACUCUCCCACGAGUGAGCAUGUAGCGAACAGCAAGUGCGUGACGUCGGAAACAGCAUCGAUUGUAGUGAGAUCAGGUCUGCAUUCAGGUGGCACCAUGGUACACAAGCCACCGGGUGUACCGGUUAGCACGUCCAGCUCCUCUAUAUCUCUUCCGAACACGCCCAAGAUGUUGGCGCCCAUCAUACCGAACAUAUCAACUCCCAAUCUAGCGCCCGCCAUGUCCUACAGCUACCUGGAGCCGCACCUCAACCCGCUGAGUAUCACUGCCUAUAACCCAUUGACUUUACCGCAGGCAGGCAUCACGAGCAUCCUCCAUGGUGGUAAGGUAAUACCGUAUGUCCCUGGCAUGCCCGGACCGCAUACCUUGACCGGCGCGCCGGCCAUAGACAUAUCUCCGAGCAUAACAGCUGGCGAGGCUGUUUACAAGGUGAUACCAGGUUUACCGGGUCUGCAUAUGAUAUCGCAGCCCUUGGAUUUGGCCAGUCCGGUGAAGGCACAAUCCAUGCCGCUAUCCGGAAUGUCCAAUCCAUUGUCUGGACACGUGUUGGAUCAACCGUUGGAUCUGGCCAGUCCGGCAAAGGAGGCGACGAAGAUCAGUUUCAAAACGCCGAGUAGCGAUCUGAAAAGCGGCUUGAUCAGUCCCAAAUUUCUCAAAGUUGAGACCACGACAGAUAAGUAUCGCGUGACAGGUCCAAGAACGCCUAUCAAUGAUGAAGUCAAAGAAUUCGAUCGUCAUACCAGGCCUAUCGCGGCGACAAAGUACAAGAAUAUAGAGAGCCCGCGGGAGAGGCGAGAGUUUGCAUACGACAAGAGUCCAAGUAAGAUAGACAAGGUCUUCAGCUAUCCAAACGGGGUGGAACCUGCGAUAUCUUACAGCAAAUUGAAAUAUUCACCCAAGGCUACCCCAGAUAAUAGGAAAAAGUCCAAUUGGGGCAUGAGCGAGAUAGAUGCCGGUAGAGUGGCACCAGUGGACACGCAUAUCGCGAUCUCCAAGUACGACCUAUCUCCUCAUGAGAACGGUCGAUUAAAAAAUAGCAGCAACAAUAGUAGUAGUCUUCCAUCUGAUGGACGAUGGACAAAAAGCAUAGAUGGCACUUUCAAUGGGGCCAAGAUGAAAGUUGAUGGUGCAGCACCGUCAGUGAUACUUGUGAAUCUAGACUCUUCUAAGACAGAAGUGCCAACAAGAACUUCCGUAGAGUUAGUUGUUAAGGACAAGCUGCCCGAGGCCAAAUCGCCAAAGAGCAGCAGCGGCAGUGCUGAUGUGACCAAGGAGGCGACCAACGUCAAUAAGUUCUUGAGACCCACGUCCUUGCCGCUUAAGCCCGGCACGUUUACGCCGAAGAAGCAUCAUGGAAUCACGCCUACAGCGAAUACGUUGCCGCUGAUCAGCCCGGAAACACCUCGACCCAAAAAGUCGUACGGACAAUUGUAUCUGAACGGGCAUGCCUACACAUAUCUGGGACUUAAGUGUUCCACCAGAGUGUUCUAUUGUACCCUGAAUCGGCCACAGCCAAUGUACGUCACACAGCAGCAUGGUCUCUCAAUGUACUCCAACUGGAAGAUAUGCAAGGAGGCACCGCCGGACGUAGACAUGGCGCACUAUGAUUCACGACACAGACCACUUAAUUAUACCACCGCAUGGAAAAAACAGGAAGACAUUUUGACGCACUCCUCGCAACGAUCAACCACUCCCACCAGCCUAGACAGCGGUCUGGAGAGUGACAUGCAGGAGAAAGCGAAGAGAGUGAAAAUAUUUGACGGAGGUUUUGAGAGCAAUGAGGAUUACACUUACGUGCGUGGAAGAGGUCGAGGACGCUACGUCUGUGAAGAAUGCGGUAUUCGUUGUAAGAAACCCUCUAUGCUGAAGAAACAUAUCAGAACCCAUACAGAUGUUAGGCCGUACACUUGCAAGCAUUGUGCCUUUAGUUUCAAAACAAAAGGUAAUCUGACGAAGCACAUGAAGUCCAAAGCCCACUACAAGAAAUGCGUAGAACUAGGAGUAAUUCCGGUUCCCACGACCGUAUGCGACGAAAACAUUGACAAGGAGGCUAUCGCGCGAUUAGCGGCCGGUGGUGGCAAUGCGGAAGAAUCUUCCGAAGAAGAAGAAGAUAGUGAUGGUGAAGAAAGCGAGGAGUCCGGCAGCGAGGAGCAAGAAGCAGCGCAGAGUCUGUUAAGUCUUUCGCAACGUAACAUGAUGAAUCGAUUACCAGGCUUGCUGCCGUCUGGUAGACCUACAACGUACCCGUACACGCCGUAUACCUUACCAACGACGUCUACGGUAAAUGUCGUGUCCACCGCGACAAGCACUAUGAGUAGCCAAAGCGUAACGCAAGGCGCAGCACUGAUCCAAAAUGAGUUGUCGCACCGUUACUACUUCCCAUCGAACCGAAGUGCAACAGAAGAGGCAAGAAUCAGCGUCAUCCAAUCAUCAAAGAAAGACGACUCUGACUUCGAGAUCGAGCAGAUCACUAAUGGAGUUACAGAGUCGCGUCAUCAAUUGUCGCAACCAAUGGAUCUUACAACAAAACAGGUCACACAACUAUUACCGUCGCCAAUCCCGCAGAGAGCUAGGCCCGCGGACAUUCUCACUCCCGUGUCGGAACCGGUCCUGUUGCAGACGAUAGUCCAGACGAUGGAACGAUUGCCUAUUCAGGGCAGAGAAUGGAAGCCGGACGCGGAGGGUCACAUGUUGCAAGCGUAUCUCACGGAGAGGCACGUGAUGGACAGUAAAAUGAAGCAGCAGUACCGCGUGGGCAGCACCAAGCUGGACAAGCAGGUGCAGGAGAGAGAUAUUUACCCGCGGCAUCAAGAGUCGAGUAGGGCCAGGCAUACUGACUCCAACAGUAUUCCGACAGUAACGUACACUGACGCCGGUAAAAUGCAACACAUUCUCGCGGAAUCUAGAGUCAAACACACGACGAAGCACACCAGCGACGACAUUAAAAUGGAAAUUAGAGAAAAGAUUUAUCAGAAUAACAUGGCAAUAGAGAGACGAGCGUUCGACUACGAGGCUAUUCACAAGGAUAAAGAACAAUCGAAUCGCACACUCUCUGAUCAUGAAAACUACGAAAUCGGUCUAACUAACGGCCCGAUCGGUACAAAGCAGAAUAUCGAGUACAGUUCACCUAUGAGCAAGAACAACAACUUAAUAGAAAGACCGAUUUAUUCUACUGAAGCACCCGUCCGUAGCACGCCGAGUAUCGAUUGCCCUUCACCGAAAUCCCUAAAUGUGGACGGCAAUAGAUCGUUGAUGCAACACGCAAACAACGACGUAGACAGGAGUUCCAUGUUCAAUGCGAUGAAGAUGAUGAGCGAGAUGGAAACGUCCAGGGAGUGUCAUCCCGUUAAUCAGGAAAUAAGGCCCGCGAAUCACGAGAUACGUGCCCCAACCACUGAUGUACGAGUGCACAAUCAGAGUCCGCGUAACCUUGAUCUGAUUGCGAGACCGUCCAGCAGGGAGGUCCGAACACCUAAUCAAGAGUAUAGAACACAGAGUCAAGAACUGAGACUAUCGGGUCAGCAGGAGUACAAGAUGCGCGGUCAAGAGAGGAGACCGCCUAGCCGCGAAUACAAACCGUUCGCGCACGAUAUGCAAGUCAUCCAGGAGCUUAUGCCGUCGACAAACAUGGAAAUACGUCAAGCGAAUUCAGAUAAUAGGCCACCGAGCAGUGACAUGAGAGGUCUCUCGGAAUAUAGAGUGCAACCCCAAGAUCCCCGGCCCAAUUAUGAGAUGAUGCAAUCACCUAUGCACGAACCGUCGAAAACGCAAAAUGUCGACGCGAGAAACGCAUCGUCACAAGAGAUACGCAUCAUUUAUUUCGACGGUUCUCCUGCCCCGAAACACACAACGGAAACAGUUAAACAGAGUACACCGGACAGUAUAAAGCAUGCGGUAGCCAGGAAAAUGGUUGUAGGUGGAUCAGACUUCCGAUCGCCGUCUCCAAAUACGGGAAAUCCGAAACCGCAAGCGGAAUUUCUACAGCCGUCGAGCGGACCGGCGCCUAACUAUGUCAGUGUAACGGAAGACGGUAGGAGCGUAUGUAAAGUCUGUAACAAGAUAUUCAGCAAGCCUAGUCAGUUACGAUUGCAUUUCAACAUCCACUAUUUCGAGCGGCCGUUCAGAUGCGAAAGCUGUGCAGUUUCCUUCCGGACCAAAGGUCAUCUGACGAAGCACGAGAGAUCUGUUUCACAUCACAAUAAGGUCAGUAUGACUUCCACGUUUGGCGCGGCGACUACCAGCAAUCCCAGACCUUUUAAGUGCACGGAUUGCAAGAUAGCGUUUCGAAUACAUGGACAUUUGGCUAAGCACCUUCGCAGCAAGAUGCAUAUUAUGAAGUUAGAGUGCUUGAGCAAGUUGCCUUUCGGAACAUACGCGGAAAUAGAAAGGACCGGUACCAAUUUGAACGACAUCGACACCACAGACUGUGAUAAUAGUCUUACUAGUCUGCAGAUGUUGGCUCAAAGUUUAUUAAAGACGGAUUCAACUAAGAUCAUGCAAUGGGACUCGGAGAAUUUGCCUGGGCCAGUCGUAAGUGGCAGCGAAACUUCAUCGGAUGAGGGCGAACCCAUACCGCAGCAUGCGCUUAACGCCCAAUAUGCGAAAGUGACGGACGCAGAUGUCUCCCGAUCAUAUCAUGUGCCAAUCGCUACCGAGGAAUCGAAAGCCGUUAACGACGUUCGUUUGCGCAGUCCACAGUUCAAUCAGCAGAGGCGCGAUUACGCCAUCAAUGAGCAACGGCCGAUCCCGGCCGGUUUUCCGGCGGAGGAUGCCAGAACGGAAGAUAUGCAAUCAUACAAGUGCCAAGUUUGCCCCAUAUCUAUGCGCACCGUAAACGCAUUGCAAGUACAUUGUUUUGUUGAACAUAAUAUUGAAACGGACUCUAGUACAAAUAUUCACGGGGAUCGGAGCGCGGGUAAAUGCAGCAGGGAAAAAGAGAAUACUCAGAAAAGAAUCGCAGAGGAAUCCGUGGUUAAAGACGAUCACGGUAGACAAAGAAUAGAGGAUACGUAGUGCCAAAAGGAUAUAGUGUGCUAAAAAGUCUUUCGUACAGUGUGUUUGCCAUACUAUUUAGAGAAAUCGCGCGGUUAUGAUAAUGUAUUAUAUACGAACUACAUCACAGAUAUCCUACGAAGGAAAGUCUCAUUACAUCCUAAAGAAACAUCUCAGUAGAUAGUGUGAUUAAUGACGCUUUGUGUCUUGAGGAAAGGUUUCUUGAAAAAUUAUUGCGUUAAUACACGUUGGACACUUGUAAAGACUUAGGCGGGAGAGGAUUGUGCAUCACUCGCACAAUUAAAGAAUUGCAUGUGAAUGUAUGUAUUCGCAAUUUUAUGUUGCAUAAUAUAAUUACCGUUUAUAAAACGCACAAUGUUUAAACGAACAUUUCUGUGUGAAGAUUUUACAAAAAUUAUCAGCAAAGUCUGAGAGAUAUAAAUACCACAGAAAUGUUGUAAAAUAUGUGUAACGGUAAGAACUAAAAAGCACUGUCUCGAUUACGUUUCUUCUACUACAGAACUAGUUCACUUGUAACUACCUGUUCGUGCUAUACAAGUGACUUGUAUAGUCCUCGUCUAAGACUUUAUAUUGAAAUUGCGAUAUAUAUAUAUAUAUAGUGGAAGUAAAAAGUAAUUUGAGUGUAUGAAGAUUUGAAAUGAUAUUUAUAUAUGAUAAUAUAGCAAACAUAAGGUGCAAUGGACUAGUGAUCGUGUAUUUAAAGUGCAAAUGUUGCAUUGAGCAUGUUGAAGAGUAUUCUAAUAUCUCAAGUUAAUUAUACUUUGAAAUGUGAAAGCAUGAAAUGAAGCUUAAUAUAUAUAUAUAUAUACACGUAACAUAUAUACAUAUAUAUAUAUAUUUGUAUGAUAUUAGUAUAUGAAUAAUUCUGCAAAUUAUUGUUGAUGUGCGAGAGAAAGAGAGAGAAAUGUGUUUGUAUCAUAUUUAUGUAUAAUAUAACGCGCGGAGAAAAUUAUGUCAUAGUCUCUAUUAUAAUUUUAAGGAAUCAUCGAUAUAGAUAUUAGAAGCUGUGUCGGUUGCUCAGAUUACUUAUAAAUUUAAGUGUUUUUAUUCACGCGGGUGGAUUAUGUAGUUUCUAUUCUGUUUUGAGAGGUUUUUUUGCAGGCAAUUUGGAUGGCGAGUAUUUAGUUUAACUUCACUAGUGGAGCAUUGCGCUGAAUAUUCAGUUAUCGUCACAUCCGAGUGUUAUCCGAGGACGCUUAUAAGCUAUUUUAAAUCUCAAUUGAGAUCGAUUGUGCUCGCGCUGUUACAUGGUCUGAGGGACCGAUUCGCUGAUUCUGUUUAAGACAUUUAAGGAGGAACCGCACACCUUCCAGCUACCUUCCAGCUACCGUAUCUUAUAAAUAACUGUCUGUCUAACGUUAUGCGCGCAGAUCUUAAUAUCUCCACUCAAGCACUCGAGAAUAUGUCUUUCCUAUACCGCAUAAUCAGACUCCUGUUAUCACGACUUGUACCUAGAUGUGCUUGAGCUAAGAGUAACAAUGAUACGGAUAUAGAAAACGACCGCACAAUUGUAUACAAUGAGGUCCAGUCCGAGUGAUCGUCACUAAAUGAUAUCAGCAUGUAGCAUAGUCUAACGUAGUAUUUUGGAUGUAUAUCUACUACUUGUAAUUCUGUCGAUUCGAAACCACGAAAUUACGUACGAGCUUCCAAAGGUGUGUACGUGUGAUUGUAUGCACCCGAAACGCCAAGCCAACAGUUUGCGUUCACAGAGGCUAUCAGGGAACACGAUACGGCUCUCGUGCAUCGCGAUCGAUUAUCAAGAUGAGCGGUAAAUCAAGCUAAAUCGCCAACCGAACUUCUUCAUUUCGGCUAAUGAUUCAGCUUGAUAAUAUGGAUUCUGUUUGAUUACAUGUUAUUCUUCCGCGCGACGCACCGAAGUUUUUGAAACUGAUAUACGCGUGCGAUCGUGCGUGUAUGCAUGCGUACACGUGACACAUAUCGCAUCGCUCCUGACUGACUGCUCGUGCGCGUACUUAUGCGCGAUUCCAAAAAGUGUAUUUUUUCCAAAUUGCAGAUUUAUUAUUUUAUUUUUAUAUGUAUAUAUAUUAUUUUAUAUUAUUUGUAUUAUAAACAUAGAUAUUGACGUAUACAUAUUAUUGCAUUAAUAUGUAUGUUAUAUAUGAUGUAUGUAUGUAUAUUGCACAUUUACGUACAUAUAUAUUACACUAAUAUAUUUUCGAAAAAGUUAACCUGUUGGUAGAGGUUUCAUGCAUUUUUUUUCACGCGUGCACAACGAGCGUGUCACUUACAUAUCAGAUCCAUCGCUCGACAUUCAUCGAGGCAAUGGAUAAUUGUGCGCGUCGUCGUUUCGAAUCUAAUGGCGUAGUGCAAGCUGAACGUACUUCGUAACGAACUUACAGUUUGUCCGGAUGACUUCCGUCCGCGCUGAGAUCCUAGUCCAACGCAUUACGUGAUCACUGAUGUUGAAACUCGCACUUGUGGAUAUUACCAAUCGCCAAAACCGAGAUCGCACGCGAAUAAAACUCGAUCGCGAUCGGACCAAACCUUAUCGAUGAGAAACACGACGCGGCCUCCAACGCACUGAACAUAGUCGCGAUUCAGUUUCUCGAACGUGAAUUGCGAUUGAACUACUACGUUAUGACAUCUAAAACAUCUUGAUUAAACGUAUCGCGUCGAGCUUGAAAGAUAAAAAUCAUUAAACUGUUAAAAAAAUCGUUGAAUUUUGUAAUUUUUUAUUAAAAGUAAUCUAACUUCUAACAUUUUGCUUAUAUGAUGAUGCAUGGCUUCAGAAUUGAUUGAUGACGAUUCAUGCUUGAACUACAUUAAAAAAUAAAGCGCGAAGUAAUUUUGAUGAAAUAUGGCUACCGCAGAUGAGAAGCAUCGCCAAUUUGAAAUCUGUCUAUAAUCAUAAAUAACUUUUUGAGAAAUAAAAUGAUAAAUAUGUGAAGCUUUCUUAAUGUGAAAGUCAAAGACAAUGAAAGUAACUAUAAAAUAUCUUAAAUGCAACUGAAAUAUGCUUUAUAUUAUACAUAUUGCAAUCUUAAAUGCAACUGAAAAAUGCUUUAUAUUAUACAUAUUGCAAAAUUAGGAAAUUCGUGUACAAAUUUGUGUAAAUGCUUCUUAAUGUGUUUCAACGCAUAAGUUCCACAAUGUUCGAGUACGGAUUAAAUAAUUUAUAUCGCGACAAGCACUGAAGAAAUUAUUUUGCGAAAAACUAAUAAGUUAAACUAUCUGAAAAAAAUAAUGCGAGUACAAUGGCUAAUAUCUGAUAACAAAAAUGACGACGCACUUGUUAUCGAGAGCGUGUUACGCGCUCGCGUGCAAAUUUGACGAAAAAGGUUGGCUUGGCUUCUUCCAGACUCAGUAUUAAAAGAUUUUGUGAAUAAUGCGAAAAAGCGAGAGCUCGACUUUUAUGCGAUUCUCUCUCUCUUUUGUAGGUGGUUUUAUGCUGAUUUAUUUUACAAAGCUCGGAUCGAUAUUCGCCUGAUCUUGCGAGGAGUAUUCUCAACAGAAAUCUCCGUUCGUCCCAGCACAGACAGCCUCGCUCCCUCUCAUACUUUUACGGAUGAUUUGAGCUUUAUGGGCACACGGUGUGAACGAUGACACUCAUAAAUACCUGGCGAUAUAGUAUUUUACAUGUAUUAUAGGUAACGUAGAUCUUUAAGAUUUUAUAGAUAUUUUUUCGUGUGUGUGUGUGUGUGAAAGAGAGAGAGAGAGAAGGGAGAGAGGGACGUAUAAGAGGGAACAUCUCGUUUUGUAAUCACGCGAACACGAGUCGCGUGCUUCUGCGAUUCCAGGCUGCUGCUCUGACGAACCAUUUCUGGUUUAUCGCGAAAUCUUUUAAUUGAAAUCAAUUCAUGUCGGGCUUUUUUGUCCGUCGAUAUCAGAUAAUGGGACCGGAGUAAAAAUUUUAUAAGCGUAUACUCUCGAAAAAGUAGCGGGAAGGGUGAGUUUUACAGAAAAUGAUGCCAACGAGUAUUGCCAGUGUCAUCGUCAUUUCUCUUCCUAAUUCUGUGAGCUUUGUUAAACUAUCAAUGAGGAUGUAAUUUUUAUUUAUUGUAAAUAAAAAAGAAACCUAUUGUUUAAAA